UGCCAUGCGGUCCCUUCAGUUUUCCUCUCGUCGCUGACGGUCACAUUUCACAGCGGGACCAACGCAGAACAGCAGGCUAAAAUGGCUAAAAGUGAUGGAUGCGAUUACUUUAGAAGAACCAGCCUGUUUUGGAUUGUCUCCGUCACACUCGGCAUGGGAUAUUACACUUGCACUGUGUUUGUGCCAGAAAAAAUCCCAUUUGAGGAGCUUGGUCCGUUUGGCAGCUUCUGCAGAUACCUUGUGGUUAACCAUGCUGACAUUAUGUAUAAAGGGUGGUGGGCUGCCUGGGCUGUCCACCUUUUUGAGGCCUGUUUUGCACUGAAGGUGUGCAGUAACAAAGGUAUCGACAACGUGGCCUCUCGCUGCCUGUGGUUUGUCCAAACCUUUCUGUUUGGCUUCGCCUCCCUCGGCCUGCUCAUCAAGUACGACCCCAAGCGUCCCAAGCAGCACUGAUGUCAGUCUGGGAAGCCUAAAGAACAACACUGCAAGAGCUGAAUCCAGAAGAACAAUUGAUUCCUUGUGCCUCUUCUUCUUCCACUUUCUCUUUGAUAUGAAAUCCUGCUGAGGGGGCAAGUGGAGGAAGACACUUCAGCCUUUUCUUUUAUACUGUUCCUUUAACAUGAAAGUAUUGAGGUGAACACUACAUUUUUUUCUUACUUAGUUUAUAGUAUUUGCUGUGUUCCCAGGAGGGACAUGCAUCUCCAUUUCAUUCCAUUGAUUGUCUAUUAAUAAACCAUAGAAAGCACAGUUGUACCUUUUUUUUUGUUUUAUAAAUAAUAAUUUAACAUUUGUAUUGAUAAUAAUAUUAACAGAAAUAAUUUCAGCAUCAAAGUUACCUCGAUGAUUGUAUCUUGAUGCCCUUGGCUGAAUAUUUAGGGGAAUCUUCUGUGAAAUUGUUUUGUACCCUCAUCAUGAUGUUUACAUUCAGCCUGGGAGAUGGCUGCAGGGAUAUUUUCUGAGCUGCUGUGAUAAACAUAACGUCAAACUGGUUGGCUGCAGAUGGUACGCUGUCAUCAGCCUCACAAGUAUAGAGAGCGGCUGUAUGCAUUUUAAAUCUGCAUCUGCCUUUCUUAUACUGAAGUGCUUUGAGUUCAACUUUUUAAAAUACAGACUGGAAGAUUUUAGUUUGUUAACACUGCAAAAUAAAGAGUGACUUACAAACUGCA